GUUGAGCCCAAUGCAGCGGUGAAGAUACCAACAUCUGCAUUUCAGGAUCUCAGCAUUCCUGAAACUUCAGGAAAGAGAUUCGAUACCGAGUGCCUCAUGGGUGUAGUUACGAACAAGGACGAGUAUUUCCGGAAACAUUCACGGAAUGCUAGAGGUAGAGCUCAAAUUAUCAGCAAGAAAACAUCAGCUUGUUCUGUCGAAGAACGCGGACGGGAAAUUGAUCCUGGAAAACAUGCACAGAUUGGGGCAGCAUAUGACAGCAUGAUUCUGGUGGAGUGGCUUGGCCCGGUGGUGAGUGCAAGUCACGAUAGACUUCACUCCUCGGUGUGCUCUGUAGGAGGUGUAACUAUACGUGUGCAGGACACUGCCUUCUUCCGAUCAAAAUCUCUGGAUGUAGCGCCUUAUAUUGCUAGGAUCCAGGCUUUAUGGGAGGAUCAAGGCUCAGGUCAGAAGUGGGUGAGAGUAAAUUGGUGCUAUUAUCCUUCAGAUCUUCCAGUUAACAUGUGCCGGCCAGUGAUUAGCGACCCAAGAGAGGUAUAUGAAUCCAACCAUUGUGACAACAAUCUAGUGGGAUCCAUUCAGGGUCCUUGUCUGGUCCUGCCGCCUUUGCAAUUCCAGGAGGAAGUGGAGCGACGUUCAAAGAUCACAGUAGAGGAGUCUUAUCUACCUCUAUUUUUAUGCCACACGUCGUGGUUCACUCUCAUCUGGGUGUACCUAAGAGAUGACAGGUGCGCUCCGCUCUUCAGCUCCAUCUUUCUCGUGAAUACCAUCCCUCACAAUACAUGCACUUCUGUUCCAGUUGUGUAAAGCAACUUGGAGGCAUGAGCGAUUUCAUGGUCAGCGGUGCUAGCUCUCAUCUAUUUGGUCUGAGGCUUAGAGAAUUGACAUGGCAGCUUUGAAUUAAGAGUUUGAUUUUCCCAAGCAUCAAGCUGCCCUACAAGGGCUUCGUUAAUAUCUGUCUCUCGGAACAUGGCAGUACCAAUUGAUGUAGCCAGGAUCAUGAGAUUUAGAAUUAGACAUGAUAGACGCUGGAAUGUAUUUUUUGCCUAAAAACUGAGAACUGUAAAUUUGGGCUUGGGACGAUGAAUCUAUUUAUGUUUUACUUAAAAUAAUAUGUAUGCAAGAUUAUAAAAGUAAAUGCAAAUUGGUUGCUUAGUCAGCCUCAUUUUUCCUUCA